GAUGUUAUUACUGCCAAACUAUAUGUAACGAUACCCUUGAAUGUUGAUGGGUCUUGAAUAUAAGGGGGUAGCGACUCCCUUGAUUACAUUAUAUUAUAUAACACCCUCACAGAAAACUGGAGACAGAGUCUCCCACUGGCUUUGAAGAAGUAAGCUGCUAUGUUGAGAGACAGCCACGUGGCGAGAACCUGAGAGUGAAUUCUAGAAGGUGAGACUGACCCCACCUUUUGACAUCUGGCAAGAAAAUGGGGACCUCAGCCCCACGACCUCAAGGACCUAUAUUCUGGCAACAACCUAAAUCAGCUUGGAAGAGGACCUGGAGCCUCAGAUGAAUUUGUAGCCCAAACUGACCCCUGGGUUUCAGCCUGGUGAGAACUUGAGAUGAUUACCCAGCUGACCUGACCUGCAGACAGAGUAAGAUAAUAAAUUUGAAUUGUCAAUAGAAAACUAAUACAAUGACUUUCUCCUACUAUCUAUUGCAUGUAUCUGUGUAUGUCUCCAUUUGUGCGUAUAUCUGAACUUAUAUGUAUCUGGCAGAGAAAUAUUGAAAGGAAAUAUAGGAGAGGAAGGGAAGGGAGAAAGAAAAGGAAGAAGAGAAAGAGGGAAAGGAGGAAAAGAGGGGGAAGGGAGAGAGAGAGAAAGGCUGCUGCAACCAUUACACUACCUUUACCAAAGAAGGUUUGCAACAAGUAAAAUCCAGUUUAACUCUAGAAUUCUUCAGCAUGGAUGAUGCAGUUGUCAUGUAUAGAACGCCUUUUCAGUUCUCAACUAAAGGCUGUGUGAUCGUUAUGUUCCCUUUUAUAGAGAAAGAGAUCAAAGGUGAAAAGAAAUGUCAAAUUUGAGCCUGGUGACAACGUUCAUUCUCAUGGGCAUUCCUCAUGCACCAGCCCUGGACACCACCCUCUUUGGAAUCUUUUUAGUGAUUUAUGCACUCACUGUGGUAGGCAACCUCUUAAUCCUGCUCGUGAUCAGGGUGGACUCCCACCUCCACACACCCAUGUACUUUUUCCUGGCCAGCCUGUCCUUUAUUGACAUGUGGUUGUCCACUGUCACUGUGCCCAAAAUGCUGAUGACCUUCGUCUCCCCAAGGGGCAGGGCUAUCUCCUUUCACAGCUGCGUGGCCCAGCUCUAUUCCUUCCACUUCCUGGGCAGCACUGAGUGUUUCCUCUACACAGUCAUGUCCUAUGAUCGCUACCUGGCCGUCAGUUACCCGCUCAGAUACACCAGCAUGAUGAGCAGGAAAACCCGUACCCUCCUGGCCACCAGCACUUGGCUCAGUGGCUCUCUGCACUCUGCUGUCCAGACGAUAUUAACAUUUCGUUUGCCCUACUGUGGGCCCAACCAGAUCCAGCACUACUUCUGUGAUGCCCCGCCCAUCCUCAAACUGGCCUGUGCAGACACCUCCACCAAUGAGAUGGUGAUUUUCGUCAACAUCGGGGUAGUGUCCUCGGGCUGCUUCUUCCUGAUAGUGCUGUCCUAUGUGUCCAUUGUCUGCUCCGUCCUGAAGAUCCGCACCUCAGAGGGGAGACACAGAGCCUUCCAGACUUGUACCUCCCACUGCAUUGUGGUCCUCUGUUUCUUUGGCCCUGGUCUUUUCAUUUAUCUGAGGCCAGGCUCCAAGGAUGCUGUGGAUGGGGUUGUGGCAGUUUUCUACACUGUGCUGACACCCCUUCUGAACCCUGUAGUGUACACCCUGAGGAACAAGGAAGUGAAGAGAGUUCUUUUUAAGCUUAAAGACAAAACACUUUCUCAGAGCAAAUAAACACUAGGAAAUAGAGAUGUUCUUUUUUUUUAAAUUAGUAAUAUCAUUUAUUCAUCAGUGACUAUGAAAAUAUAGUUAACUAGCUUUUUAGCUUGGUAUCAUUGAAUUUCGGUGCAUUUAUUUUAAAAAUUAGAAAAAUAAGGCCUGGAAAGGAUAAAACACCCAAUAAGAUUAAAAACAAAACAAAACCAAAAAAUCCUGCCGUGCAGCUACAAAGUCGGUAAUUCUCAUAUAAUGGAUAAUGUACUGGAAAUGCAUGCCAAAAAAAAAAAAACUUGGAUCAAACAUUUACAAGUUUAGAAAUCAUUUUAUGCAGUGUACCUCAAUUUCCCAUGUGUAAAAAAUUCUCAACUACUGUUUGUAGGGAUCAUAUGAGGUAAUGGAAGUUAAAGUGCU